CCUGCCUGUCGUUACCGAAAAUGCCUCAUGGCAGGCAUGAACCUAGAUGCGCGUAAAACCAAGAGAGGGAAUCAAUCCGGAAAGGUGAUCCAGCAGCCGUCGGUUCCAGAGCACAGUCUUCCUCCGCUGCCUGAGCCCCGGGCACUGGUGCCCAAACCCAUGCCCCAGGUGGUGCCCACCAUGCUGUCACUGCUGAAGGCCAUCGAGCCGGACACCAUCUACGCCGGAUACGACAGCACCAUACCGGACACCUCCACCCGCAUUAUGACCACUCUGAACCGGCUGGGCGGCCGGCAGGUCAUCUCCGCGGUCAAAUGGGCCAAAGCUCUGCCAGGGUUUAGGAACCUGCACCUGGAUGAUCAGAUGACCCUCCUGCAAUGCUCCUGGCUCUUCCUCAUGUCCUUCGGACUGGGCUGGAGGUCAUACCAGCAGUGUAAUGGAAACAUGCUGUGUUUCGCACCAGAUCUAGUCAUCAAUGAAGAGAGGAUGAGGUUGCCCUACAUGAAUGAUCAGUGUGAACAGAUGCUGAAGAUCUCCAAUGAGUUUGUGAGACUGCAAGUGUCCAACGAGGAGUACCUGUGCAUGAAAGUCCUUCUGCUCCUGAGCACAGUGCCGAAGGAUGGUCUGAAGAGCCAGUCAGUGUUUGAUGAGCUACGGAUGUCUUACAUUAAAGAGCUGGGCAAGGCUAUUGUGAAGAGAGAGGAGAACUCCAGCAAGAACUGGCAACGAUUCUAUCAGCUCACUAAGCUACUGGACUCCAUGCAUGAUAUGGUGGGUGGACUCCUGAACUUCUGCUUCUACACCUUUGUGAAUAAAUCCCUCAGCGUGGAGUUUCCCGAAAUGCUGGCGGAGAUCAUCAGCAACCAGUUACCAAAAUCAAAGCUGGGAGUGUCAAAUCACUGCUCUUUCACCAGAAGUGACGGUCCUCCUCCCAGCAGCAGGACACGAUGCCUUAAAAGUCCACCCCAGCGGGACAACAGAGGCGUGUGAGAGCGCUGAGAGCCAGGACCGUAUGCAACCCAGCACACAACUCCAAGAUUGACCACAGUAAAGUGGACUCGGAGGAAGAGACGGGUAACUAGAGGUUGUAAAAACCUAAAAAAA